GAGGAUCUGACAGGGACACGCGAGCAUCCGUGCUCCUUGUUCUCCGGCGGAGACAUAUUAAUACCACUGAUGCAUGGCCAAUUAGAAGCAGGACCCAGCUCCGGCCCCUCCCGUCUAUGCCCUAGUGAUUUAUUGACAGGAAUUGCCGAGGCUCUUAAUGGUUAGUUUGGAUGGGAAUUAAUUCUGGGCUGGAUAAAUAAUGCAUUAAGGUUUAUUUAGUCAAACGUAAGGCAUCGUUCCCCAGCUUGUAGUGGGAGCAAAGAGAAGCGAGUCUUGCCGGAGAGACGGGGCCUGAGGGAAGCAGCGGCGUCGGGGACAGGCUAGGUUAUUAUGAGGAGCGACAGAGAGCAGCCAAAAGGAGAGAGGAUGAAAGCACGCUGAAGGCUGGGAAGAAAGCAUCUCUGGAAGCAGGAAUAUGUUGAGCCCUAAGAUAAGACAGACUAGAAGAGCCCGAUCGAAAAGCCUCGUGAUGGGCGAGCAGAGCGGACCCUCUGCCAGGCCCGUGUCCCCCAACCUGCAGGACCGUGUGCUCAAGGCAGGUUGGCUGAAGAAGCAGAGGAGCAUCAUGAAGAACUGGCAGCAGCGGUGGUUUGUGCUGCGUGGGGACCAUCUCUUCUACUACAAGGAUGAGGAAGAAACCAAGCCACAGGGAUUUAUUCCACUGCAAGGAAAUCAGGUGGCCGAAUUCCUUCCCAAUCCUGAAGAACCAGGAAAACAUCUCUUUGAAAUCACUCCAGGUGGCUCAGGAGACCGGGAAAAGAUGCCUGUUAAUCAUGAAGCUUUCCUUCUCAUGGCUAACUCCCAGAAUGACAUGGAAGAUUGGGUGAAAGCCAUUCGCCGGGUCAUAUGGGCUCCGUUUGGUGGAGGAAUCUUUGGGCAGCGGCUGGAAGACACCGUCCAAUACGAGAGCAAAUACGGCCACCGCCUGGCCCCUCUGCUGGUGGAGCAAUGUGUGGAUUUUAUCCGGGAGCGGGGGCUCACCGAGGAGGGCCUCUUCCGAAUGCCCGGCCAAGCCAACCUAGUCAAGGACUUGCAGGAUUCGUUUGACUGCGGAGAGAAACCUCUCUUUGAUAGUUCCACUGACGUGCACACCGUCGCCUCCCUCCUCAAGCUCUACCUGCGGGAGCUGCCGGAGCCCGUCGUCCCCUUCGCCAGAUACGAAGACUUCCUCUCCUGUGCCCAGCUGAUUUCCAAGGAUGAGGGUGAGGGUACGCAAGAGUUGACUAAACAAGUGAAAAAUCUUCCUCAGGCAAACUACAACCUUCUCAAAUACAUAUGCAAGUUUUUGGAUGAAGUUCAGUCUCACUCGAGUGUGAACAAGAUGAGCGUCCAGAAUCUUGCCACCGUGUUUGGGCCAAACAUCCUACGUCCCAAAAUGGAAGAUCCAGUGACGAUAAUGGAAGGUACCUCGCUGGUGCAGCAGCUGAUGACGGUUUUGAUCAGCAAACACAGCCAGCUGUUCACCGCCGUGCCCCCGACCUUGCCCGCGGCCACGCUCGCCCCCCGCCCGGGCAGCAGAGGCGGGUCUCAGCGCAGCGCCGUGGAGUGGAUCUCCGAGGAAGGCGGGGAGGAGGGCCCGUCCCAGCCCGGCGCGUCGAGCCCCACGGCCGGCCCCGCGCCCGCCCCCCGGGCCGCCUCGCUGGACGCGGCCACGGCCGCCGCCCUGGGCAGGGCCGCCCCCCCGGAGCGCGAGCCCGGCGGCGGGCCGGCCCAGCCCGCCACCAGCCCCGGGAAGCGGGGCCAGACCCUGCCCCACUGGAAGUACUCCUUCCGGCAGCCCGGGGCCCGCUCGCUCAGCCCCAAGCCGGGCAGCUCGGCGCUGGACGUGUCGACCCCGGCCUCCUCGGGCGGGAACUGGCUGAUGAACGGGCUGUCCUCCCUGCGGGGCCACCGGCGGACCUCCACGGGGGAGCGGGCCAAGGACUCCGGCUCGGCCCAGCGGCUGUCCACGUACGACAACGUGCCCGCGGCCGGCCUCUCCCUGAGCACGCCCAGCGUGGCCGGCACCUCCUGGUCCGCCUCCUCCUGCGAGAUCUCCGCCGUCGACUCCGUCAGCAGCUGCCCGGCCUGCCGCGCCAGCGACUCUUCGGCCUGCGACUCCCUGAGGACCGAGUGGGCCCCCGGCGGCGACGGCCGGUCCGCGGAGCUGGGCCUCGGCAGCGGCGAGGGCCUGGACGUCUGCGGCGGCAGCGGCGUGGGCGACAGCGAGCCCGGCAGCUCCGCCGGGGCUUCCAGAGACUCCGCCCUCUGUUCCCGGGCCCUGCAGAGCCUGGUCUCGGAGCUCCAGGCCGACCUGGGAAAACAAAGGACUGAGUUCGAAUCCAGUAUCAGAAGAAUCGAAGAAACCAGCACCGAGCUGAGGACGCAAAUGGUAAGAUUGGAAGAGGAGCUGGAUCAGGAGAGGAAGAAAUACACAAUGCUGGAAAUCAAACUGAGAAACUCAGAACGUGCUAGGGAGGAUGCAGAGAAACGAAACCAGCUUCUCCAGAAGGAAAUGGAAGAAUUCUUUUCGACACUGGGAAGCUUAACUCUGGGGGCCAGAAGCACUAAAGUUCCAAAGUAAAGGAAACUGAAGAGAGAUAGAAUUCUGUCUUUUUGGUUUUUGAUUUUUCUUUUUUCAUUCCAAACAGAGCAGCUGAUCUCUGCUCCCUCUUGUCUACUCGUGUAUCAUGAGUAAUAGCGAAGCGACUCUUUGCUCCUUCGCACUGUUGUCCUGGUUUACAUAUGCUAUCUUAUUGGGGCUAUCAGGGAAAUUAAAAGGUCGACUCGACUGCACCUUGGCCACGCUUUGGGUGGGGGACACAACAUCUGACUUGCCUUCAGGGAAAGGCUAUUUGGAAUUCACCGUGGGGACCCGGUGGGGGCUCUGUAUCUGCGGCCCCUCCGGCCAGGAAGCGGGAGUUCAGUUUGUGGGUCGAAUGAAAUUGAACAUGAAAAUGUGCAUUCUUGAUUAAAUUUGCUUUAAAAACA